AUGUACUCGCCAUCUCUAUCUUGCGCGUUAAACCCUCACCCAAAAUCUUCUUGGUGGGGAAGAGAAAGGACUCAAGGAGAGUAUAAGGUUGUUCGAUUGUUUGGGGAUUCCGUUUAUGGUUCUAAAGAGGUAGUAAGAUUUGUGUGCCGAAGAACGUUUGCUACUGCGGCUGGUAAAGCAAAGAAAGGUGGGAAGGGAGGUGGAGGUUAUGAAGCACCAAAAGCAUUGAGUUUGAGCAAAGAGAUCAAAUCAAGUACGGUUGUUGGUGCUAAUAUUCUGAAAGGUGGAUUGGACCCUAAGAUCUUGCCUGAUUCAGAUUACUCAGAUUGUUUAUGGCAUUUGCUUGAUAAGCGACCCGCGCUAAGUGGACUUAGAAGGAAGAAUGUUGAGACUCUUCCUUUUGAUGAUCUUAAACGUUUUGUGAAGCUGGAUACCAGAGCUAGAAUCAAGGAGAACAAUUCUAUCAAGGCCAGGAACUGAGCUGAGAUUCAAUAAUGACUUGUUGUAUGUGUCCCUUAUAAUACCCCUUAUUUGAGCAAUCUCUUCCUUGUCCUUGUUAUAUUUGGGAAUAUUUUGAUUACAAGCUUUUCAGUUAUAGAAUGUCACCGGUAAGGUCAUUACUUUUA